AUGUAUAUUUAUCCUUUAAAGCUCGGCAGUAUCUACACCAGACCUUCGGAUGUCGCAUUUUCUAUGUCCGAGAGUCUGAGAAAACUUCGGAUGUCUUAUGUUGAUCUAUUCCUGAUACACACUCCUAUGGCGUUUAAGAAACCUGAGGAUCCCAACAAUGUUUUCCCCGUGAAAGAUGGCCGUCUGGACACUGAACAAAAGGUAGACAUUGAAGGGGUUUGGAAGGAAAUGGAAAAACUCGUCGAUCAAGGAAAGACUAAAAGUAUUGGCAUAUCAAAUCUGAACGCCGCACAGUUAGAGCGCAUUCGUAAAGUCGCACGCAUAAUGCCAGUCACUAACCAGUUGGCACCCAUAGAACGACACAAAUUCUAUAAAGCGAGCUUUGACUUUGAAUACCAACUGAAUGCAGCUCAGUGUUUAUAUAUCCGCAAUGGUUGUUUCCUGAAUCAAGAGAUAAUCUGGAAAUCAUUUAAACGCUUUGGCAUUUAUAAGGAAAAUGAAAAUAACAGAAAGCGAAUAGGUACUUCGCAUACAAUUAAUUUGGUCGAUGUAUGCCGUUUAUCUUUUGAUACAUGUAUGUGCUUUAUCAAUUUAGGUUUUGUCUAUAUACUCCUUCCGGUUGAGUGCCAUGCCUACUUUCCUCGGACAGAACUUGAGGAGUACUUGAAAAAGUAUAACAUGCCGAUCAUGUCCUAUGGACCAAUCGGAUCGCCAGGGAGAUUAGCUUUUAAAAGUGUCGAUAUCGAUAACGAGUCCGAUGUUCCUGUGCUGUUGAAAGAUCCUGCUAUUGCCAAACUUGCCACAAAAUAUAGUAAAACUCCUACUCAGAUCCUUUUACGGAACUUACUUCAGAGGAAUAUCAUAGUCAUCCCGAAGAGUGUAACACCAAGCAGAAUUCAAGAAAACGGAAACGUGUUCGACUUUCAAUUGACAUCGGAGGAUAUGGACACAAUUGCAGGAAUUGACAAAGGACUUCGAUUGUUCAAAGCCGAAAUAAUGGCUCAUCUGGAUGACUACCCAUUCAACAGUCUUGUGUAAAAUGAUUGGUUGGACUCCAUUCGAACUAAGCAAGGAUAGAUGAUUGACAGAUUGAAAAUUCCAUCCUGUAGAUAAUUUGAAAGUCAUGUGUUGUGAAGUAUGAUAUUUUGAAAUAAAUCCAUAAGUUCUCAACAUUUGAUCAAAUUAUAAAUCUGGACAGAAAGGGAAGAUGGAUAUAUGUUAAAAGACACUAGCAGCUGUUGAUAAGUUGUCUUUACGUUCAACAAACGACCAAUAACAUAAACAACACAUCUUGGACUAGUAACUCUAUUGAAGGUUUUGUACAUUUGUGUUUAUUAUUCAUGUAGUUGUGCGUAACUGCAACAUGAUACAUUGUUAUAGUUUGGAAACUAUAUAAAAUCAUUACAAUGACAAUAAUAUAAAAUAUUACAUAAAAGAAUUAUCUUUUCAUAAUGAUUCAUUUCAAACAUGUAUGCAUGAAUAUUGUUUCGCUAAUAAAAAUAGUAAAUGAAAAAAAUGUUUCUUUAAUGCGGCUGAUUUGACAACACUUUUAACAAUCAAGUUGUGACAGCUAAACGUCUAAAGUUUACUGGCUUAAACUUGACAUGUUGGAAUUCUGUAUAAUGUAGUCAUUGCAUCGCCAAAAUAAAUUUGGUGAUAUUUUUCAAUUUUUAAAUAUGUUAUCGUUGAUACAGAUGACCUGCAGAUGAUACAGAUAUAAGGAAAACAAUAUAUGCACCAACAAACUGAAAAGACAUCAGGCUAAGCUUAUAUCAGUCUUUUCCCAUUUAAUGUCCGAUAUCCACUCAUCAUAUAUAGAAGAAAAGCAAUAUUGUUUUUUACAAUAAAAGUACUUAUAAUCUCUCGCUCUCAAACUCCAUUCACACUUGCCAUGUAGUGAGAUAAUCACACCAACAAAUGGACAAAUUAUGGCUAGCAAAUAG